CCCCACGGGCUGGAGGCGCGGGGAUGGGGUGCGGCGGGAGCCGAGAGGCUUUUUUCAGCAGUGAGACUUAGACCUUGUGCGGGUCUUUCUGGAUUUUCCAUGAUGGUGUCAGUUACAAUGGCUACAUCAGAAUGGAUUCAGUUUUUUAAGGAAGCUGGGAUUCCUCCAGGCCCUGCUGUCAACUAUGCAGUUAUGUUUGUAGAUAACAGAAUCCAGAAGAACAUGCUGAUGGACCUGAACAAAGAGAUCAUGAAUGAGCUGGGCAUUACGAUAGUGGGGGACAUCAUUGCUAUCCUCAAACAUGCCAAAGUUGUUUACAGACAGGAAAUGUGCAAGGCAGCUACCGAAUCGAUAUGCCCGAGCCCACCGAGCGUGCAGGCCGAACUGCGCCGGAACGCCAACAGCGCUGCUACCCGUAUGAUUGCUAACAGCUUGAGCAGAGACUCACCACCUGCUACCCCUGUCCGAAGGCCUGAUACCAGCACAGCCAAAAUCUCUGUCACUGUUUCCAACAAACUUGCUGCAAAAAAUACAAAAGCAGGUUUGUGUGACGCAGUGGACGAGAGUCCAACGGUGCCGGUGAAGCGCCGCCGAGUUACAGCAGAAAUGGAGGGGAAGUACAUCAUCAACAUGCCAAAGGGCACCACUCCUAGGACGAAGAAAAUCCUGGAGCAGCAGGCAGCCAAAGGCCUCCAGAGGACAUCCGUGUUUGAUCGUCUGGGAGCUGAGACAAAAGCCGACACGACUACGGGAGGCAAGCCCACAGGGGUGUUCAGCCGACUGGGUGACACGUUGGAGGUGGAUGAGGACAAAGCAGUGGAGAGCGAUGACGACUGCUCCGUCCUGCAGUAUGCCGGAGUCCUGAAGAAGCUCUCCAAGCCCACGCACAAGGGAAGUGCCAAGCCAGUAGUGACCAUCAAAGCAAAAGCCACUAGCUCAGAGGCCAAACCAGCUGCCACUGCCAUCCGGCGGCUUGGCAACAGGAGCGCCACCAGUAUCCGCCUAGCAGCAAAAGAAGGCAAGCUGGAGCCGGCAGCAUCCAAAGUCAGUGUCAUCCAGAGACUGGGCAAAGCCUCUUUGCCAGCUGAGGCCCAGGACAGCAGCAUUACUAGCACGAAGAGUAAAACGGAGCCUGAGUUCAGGGUCACUAUAAAGAGGACUUGGGGGAGCGCAAAGGUAAGCAGCACCAGCGAAACCCCUAGUGCUCAGAUGGACAAUACAGGGACUGUUAGUGUUUUUAAAAGACUGGGAAAGAAGGCAGACUGACACAUGGACAGGGUAUUGCAGGCUGUUCUCUCCGGUGGCUAGUGCUUGAAUCACUCUGUUUUUCACAUGUUGUUAUCGCUUUACACACAUCCAGUGCCCUGCUGAUGGAUGUCCACUGUUACUCCCGUUUUUCUCCUUUGUAGCAGAGGUCAGGGUUUCUUGUCUCAGUUUUGUUCUGAUCCUGGCUAAUCCCUUACCAUUAAAUGCAAAGGAAGCAAAAAGACUUCCUGCGAAUUUGGCUGCCUCUGUGUGCAAUGAGCUGGGGUUCUUGUGUCUGCCAGAUGUUCUCUGCCAGCACCAACCCCUCCCCACCAGGCUAACGGUUCUCUUUGAUCCUCUGUGCCAGCAGCGGGCGCGAGGCCAAGUCAGGGCACAGCACGGCAGCUCGGACUCUCUGGAUGAGCAGAGUGUUGCAAAUUCCAAGGCUGUUGAUCUCAUACCCUCACCAGUUCACUGAGAGCUUGUUUUUAUCCUCUGCAGGUUCUCUCCUGUAUCUAGGAAGUAGGACCCGGAGGACUGUAAAGGGAUAUUGCGGAUUUGGGGCCUGGUGUUGGGACUCUUGAUUUUGAGGGUUUCAGAGAAGCCUCUAAAACCAAAAUACAAAGGCUUCAGAAAACUGCUUAGGUAUUUGUUUGGUUGUUCAAAAUUCAAGAGUUGUGUUUAUCUGAGAGACAUGUUAGAUUUCUUCACUGCUGCUACCCAUACUUCUGUGCUUGCAUUUCUAGCACCUGCACUGGCUUGGUCUCACCUGCCUCUUCCCACUUGGAAACUAAAAAUCCUUGGGUUUAUGACUGUUACCAAAAUGGUUUCCCGCAAGUUUGUUGUAUGGAAACACAGCUGCAGCAACACUGAUCCUCAUUUUUGUUAGGCAGUUCCCAGGUCUACCAUACAUGUGCUAAGAACUGCAUAUCCCGGCUGCCUGGUUUUAUGGCCAGUUCCAGAAAAACUUUUUGAUGGAUGGAAGGGGAAAGGAGCAUUUUGUGUGGUCUUCCAUGAGCGUUUUCUUUAAAUGUUUAAAGUAAUGCAAUGUUCUCCAACAUUAGCUUUCUACUGAGAGCGGCAGGAACUGCUGUGUCCUGUGGGGGCCAGGUCUGAGGAAGAUGGAAUUUCUUACAGCAGAAGGCAUAACUUUACAGUAAAGCGCUCUGCUUGUAUUGCAAACCAUCUCUAGGAGCAUAGGUCGAGGUCCUCCACGGCGUGACGAUACGCACACUGUGUGUGCUGUGCACGCCUGCUGAACCUCCGCGGGGCAGGUGCCGAGGCUCCGAGGGGACGCGCGCGUCCGGCUGCGCUGGCGCCAUCGUUUCUGCGUUUAGCCGGAGCUUCUUCCACUCUCCGCUCCUGUUCUGAAUGCCCUUUGUUUUUUUGUGUUGUGUUUUUUUUUUCCCUCUCCAGAAGGCUUGUUUUCCCUAGUCUGUGGGUGUCAUCGUGCGAGGGGGACGGGACUGGCACGCUGUGCGUGGAGGACGCCCUCGAGAGCCGCAGAGCAGUCGGUGUGCUCGGCUGUUGGUGUCCUCUUUGCAAGAGGGACUUUCCUCUGCCCACACAGGGAAAAUAAAAACAAGAACUAAAGACCUCUGAGCUGGUGAUUUCACAGCGUGGAGGUCUCGGCUAAGGCCUGUGUCUUCAGUGCACUCCUGUUCAGUGACUUGUAAGUGCCGUUAAGCACCAGGCGUGACACCGGCCCUGUGCAGCCUCUGGGCGCGGGAUGUGCCUCUCUUUUCUCCUUUUUAGAUCUCUCUUUCAGAUGCUCAGGUAAAAGCCUUUCUGCAGAAGGGGCCCAGCACGAGCAGUUCUCGGUCACCUUUGCCAGGUUUCUCUGUAAUAUCUUCUGCGUUGUGGGCAAACCCUGGGGGCACUUGGCUCUGCCAAGGCUGUAUGAGCCUGGGCUGCAACUGUGUGGUUUAAGGUCUCACUUUCUACUGCAGAAAAAACACUGGUUAUGUUCCUGGCUUUUCUUAUUUUAUCAGCAUAUUUAUUAACACAAAAAAUGAGGUUUAACGUCUUUUGAGUGUAAACCUCUUAAGUAGGUUGCUAAUUCUUGUUUGGUUUUGUUUGCUGUGGGUUUAUUGCAUCACCUUUAGCUUUUUUGAUUUUAUAACCCGGUUUCAUAUGACUGCCUGUUUGGGCAUUUUUGUUUGAAGUGUGUCAACCUUCUUUGUAAAACAGCAUUGUUAAAGGUAUUUAACACGGUUCCUAGAUUUUAAUAUUUGUUAAUUCACGAGUGUUUGAAUGUGUGUUGGUUAGAGGAAGAAACACCUAAGAAAAA